GAAUUAAACGUAUGCUAGCAGCUAGUUUUCGGCUCUUGGGUCGGGGUGGAAGCGACAGCACACAUACAUCGCUGGUUGGCUCUGUAGAGGAAGCAGUGAGCGGAUAAUUGCAGUUUUUUUUGUUACGGUGACAGCAUCGAAACGGAAUAUCUCGAGUGGUACCUUCCUGUGACCUUUAUGUGAGGUCUAAGCCCUAAAGAAACGGGUCAUUGACGGGAGGAGAGACUCGGAGAAAAGCGAUUCACCGCAGAAGCCUGGAUAAGUGUUUUUAUUUUUUUAAUCAGUCGCUGAAACACGACUUCUGACAAGCAGCGUCCAGCACGCCAAAAGGACCAUGGAGGCCAUUGCCAAAUACGAUUUCAAAGCUACUGCUGAUGACGAGCUUAGUUUCAAGCGUGGAGAAAUCCUCAAGGUAUUAAAUGAAGAGUGCGAUCAGAACUGGUACAAGGCAGAGCUAAAUGGAAAAGACGGCUUCAUUCCCAAGAAUUACAUAGAGAUGAAGGCCCAUCCGUGGUUCUUUGGGAAGAUUCCCCGUGCCAAAGCAGAGGAGAUGCUAAACAAACAGAGGCAUGAUGGGGCUUUCCUCAUCAGAGAGAGCGAGAGUGCACCGGGGGACUUCUCCCUCUCUGUGAAGUUUGGAAAUGACGUCCAGCAUUUCAAGGUUCUUCGUGACGGGGCUGGAAAGUAUUUCCUAUGGGUGGUGAAGUUUAACUCUCUCAAUGAGUUAGUGGACUACCACCGCUCCACCUCAGUCUCCCGCAAUCAGCAAAUCUUUCUGCGAGACAUAGAGCAGGUCCCCCAGCAUCCCACAUAUGUGCAGGCGCUCUUUGACUUUGACCCCCAGGAGGAAGGAGAGCUGGGUUUCCGACGUGGCGACUUCAUUCAAGUCCUGGACAACUCUGACCCCAACUGGUGGAAGGGAGGCUGCCACGGCCAAACGGGCAUGUUCCCCCGCAACUACGUCACGCCUGUCAAUCGGAACAUGUAAACAGUCAGACCAUGUAAACAACAGCCACAACAGCAACCAUCACCAUCGUCAUCAUCAUCGUUCUUGAUCUCAUCAGCCCCCUUCCAACCCUCAACCACCCCUCCAUCUCUCUUGGCCAUCCCACAGUAACAGGAGCAGACAGGAAGAACGCAAACAACUGAAAGAGAGAGAUAAAACAGGAGUAGUGCUGUCGUAGGCGUCGCUAUGUGGGUGGCAGCUGAGCAAAAUCAACUUUUAUUGUGCUGAGAAUGUUCACCUCCCUAGUGAACGCCUCAGUGAGGAUUGAACUGUCUUUGAGGGAAAUCUAAAUGCAGAGAAACUAAGCAUAGUGCACCGACCGUGAAGAUAACCAAAUGAUUUCUACCGCUCCCACAGCUGCUUCUGUCUUCUCCUUAACUUCUUAACAUUCUGCCUUUCUUUUGUUUUUUCUUUCUUUGCCGCAUGUUGUUUUAAUCACCUAAAUGAAAUGCCUACCGAUAAAUCCUAACUCUGUUUUAAAGAAAAAAAAGAAAAAAUAUAAAAAAGCAGAAAUGGUUUUAAAAAUGUACAAAAAACAAGAGAAAAAAAAUGAUGCCAUCAACAAUACAAGUUUCCAUGUUUAAGAUCAUUGGCACGUGAGCAUUGUACAUCAGCCACUGGCUGUAUAAAUAAAUCAAGUAUAGAGAGAAUCCAUUUUUUAAGAAUAUAUAUUAUAUAUUUGUAUGUGUUUGUCUGUUUUACCUCUCAUCACAAAUUGUUUUUUUUUUCCAUUUGUAAAUUAUGUUCAGUCUUCUGUUAGUCUGGAUAAGACCUAGUAGCUCUAGAAUGUGCUGAAUUGUCAAGUUUGUUUUUUCCUUUUUUAUUUCAAAAAUGAUCUGAGGGCUCUCAGAUAAGUACAGCAUGACAUUUAAGGGGUCAUAAGUUCCAUUUGAAAAGGUUUCUCUUGUCUCUGAUGCAAGAAAAGUAAAGUUAGUUCUCUGAGGAAACUGUCAGUAUGCUAAUGUUGACCAGCAAGUAGAGCCAUGAAUGCUGCAAAAGCUGUAUUAUGAAGCCCUGUAUAAAAGGUCGGCCACCUUUUGAAAGCCAAUAUAUUUAUUGCAGCCAUUUUAUUUGGGCAGUGAAUGUAGCUCACUGAGUCUAUAGACAUAAACAUGAGGGAAGCAAGGUCGGAGAACUGAACUACACAACCACGCAAGGGAUUUUUAAAAAGACAUGCUGAAAAAGAAAUGUUGUCAAUAUUCAUUUGUAGAGAGAGAGUGGUGUCUGAGGAUAUGUACAGGUAGUUAACAUGCAUACUCAAACACAUUCAUUACAUGCAUGCACACUCCAGACACUCCCCUCCUUGUUAUACCUGCACGUAGCAAAGAGGCUGAGUUUGGAUAAUCACAUUGUGUAAUCACCAGUGCAGAUCUGCAGCUGGCACAGUUCAGAAAACUGAGAGAUUGUCUUUUAUGCUAAAAGUUGAGAGAUCAGCUUAAAUGAUGUAAAAGAUUUUUUUUUCCUAUUUUUUUUUUUCUUUUUUGUCCAAUGUGCCGUCUGGUCAAGCACUUUUUUUUGUCCAACAUUUUAUUUCUGGUCUGGUCCAGUGUGUGUUUGUUUACUGUGUUUGUGUUAUUGGUUUCUGUUUUCUUGUUCUCUCUGGAUAGUGCCUUUCUCUCUGGUGUUUCAGUGUCUCCGACCUGCUACUUUGAGCCCCCUCCCUUUAUGGGGCCCUGCCAGUCCUGCAGUGAGAAACAGUGUAUAUAAUCCAAGAUGUCACAUCCAACAACACCCUCCCUCUCCCUCCUCCCACAUCAACCCACCUCCACCUUUGCCCUCACCAACAUGGAACUCUUCUUAUUUAAGUGUCUCUCGCCUUGUCUUACCUAAUGAUACUGUUUUUGUUUUUGCUUUUUUUUUAUUUGCAUUUGUUUUUUUGUUUUUCUUUUUGUUUUCAAUUAAUAAAAUGCAAUUAUUAAAAAAUGUGAA